UUUGUAACACACACACACACACACACACACACUCUGUUUGUGUUGGGGGCGUUGCAAGCAAUCCCCUGCGAAGAAAGCGCAGAGGAUGUCACGGCUGCAGUCUGAUCCGCCGGCGAUAAUCAGUCUUUCUUAGCUUCAAAAAUUAUGCCGUUUUUUCUAAAUCUGAGUUACCAGGCAGCACCAAGACAUCGACCUCUUUUCUGGCCGCUUACCGCAGCAACGGCGCUGAAUUCAGAUUUGUAAUUUCCGUUGCCUCGGAGCGAUUAGAGCGCGCAGAUGGUGGCGCCUGGAUUAACUCACAGAACAGCAACAUUCGCCGCCUUUGUGCCCCCUCUACGACCGCGCCGGUCCCAACCCAAACAAUCCACCCUCAUGGACACGCGCUGUCCGAACACCAGCCUGCCUGCGUCGCGUUUCUCAGCACCAGUCCGCCGGGAAAUGUAAGCUGGAGUAUUGAUCAGUGAACGCCAGCACUGUGUAGGCUGAUGAACACUGCCAGCGUUGUGCAGUAGGGUGACUGGUUGUACUGCGUUGUCUUCGGAUUCCCGCUGGUGUUCCCGCCGGACGGCGCAUGGAUGAAUGGAAGGCAAGGCACGGUCAGCUCUGUCUGUGUUUAAAUGUAGCGUAUAGUUAGACUGCGUUCCGCUGCCCUAUGGCUGGCUGGUUGGAUUCUGAUGGCUCGUUUUUAACGGUCACCUGAUGGGUACCCACCCACCCAGCUGGAGAAGAGUGUGUUGAGAGUGUGUGUGUGUGUGUGUGAAGGUGUUUCAUGUGAGAGUGAUUUGGAGGUCUUGUGUGUGGGAAUGUAUGUAGGGGUGCCUGCUGUGUGCGUUUGUCCCCUGUGUGUAUGAGUGUGUGCAUGUUUUGUUUUUCUGCCUAGGCUUCUAAUCAUGUGUGUGUGUAUGUAGGAGAGUUCACUGGUGUGUGUGUGUGUGUGUGUCUGUGUAUCCCCUAUCUGUGUGUGUAUUUCCUGUGUGUGUGUGUGUGUGUGGUCAUGGCGCUGCGUGAGUCUGCGUUCUCCAGCACGUGUGUGAGCGGUCUGCACGCGGUCGGAUGGGCACUGGUGUUCCCCAGCUUCUGGUUCCUGGACCGCCUGCUGGCGGGCUGCAAGUCCACGACGUGUGAGCGCCGUGCGCGGCGGGAUCAGGAGUGCUAUCUGCACCCGCUGCUCGUGUUCUUCGGCUCACUCCUCUUCCUCACGCUCUUCCUCGUCUGGGCGCCGCUGGCGCUGCUGGGCUUCCUGCUCUGGGCUCCGCUGCAGGCCGCCCGCCGGCCCUUCCGCUACCACCGGGGGGAGCCAACGCUGCGCGGGGCCGAGCGCAACGGCACGUGGCGGGACGCGGGACGCGUGUCGCUGGGCUUCGCCACAGCCAACCUGUGCCUGCUGCCGGACAGUCUGGCGCGCUUCAACAACCUGGGCGAGACGCAGCGACGCGCGGCGGCCAUCGGGGGCAGCAUCGUGCAGGGCGUCACACGGCCGCACAUCCGCAUCUACGUGGACUCGCCCAGCAGCUGCGGAACCCUCAGCCCGUCCAGCAGCCUGCUUACCUCCCACAAUGCACCGGGGGGCUCCUACGGCGCCACGCAGACUCAGGCCCCGCCCCCCGCCGCCGCCGCUGACCCCUCGUCCACUUCCUCCGAGGAGGAGAACCCGCCGCAGGAGGACGUCGCCCCCACGCCUCCCUCACCCGGCAGCGGCUCAGCUGUCAUGGCGCCCUGCUACGACGACCCCGUCGCCAACAGCAACCAGAAGGUGGGUUCGGACAUGGGCGGCGACGUUGGCAGCAAACGACGGCACCCGCCCCGCGCUCUGGGCCGGUCGGGGGCAACGCGAGCGGAUGCCGACGUUCCGAUGGAGGUGUCGCCCAUGUUCCCUGCGGGCGUGGACCUGCUGUGCUUGCAGGAGGUGUUUGACAAGCGUGCGGCGGAGACUCUGCGGCGCUCACUAGCGCCCCUCUAUGGCCACGUGCUGUACGACGUGGGCAUGUACGCGUGCGCGCCCGGCUGCGGCUCCUUUAAGUUCUUCAACAGCGGCCUGUUCCUGGCCAGCCAACACCCCCUGCUGGACGCACAGUACCACUGCUUCCCCAACGCACGAGGGGAGGACGCACUUGCCGCCAAGGGACUGCUGUGUGUCAAGGUGCAAAUACAGCUUCCUGACCAAGGGAAUCAAAGGAUGGUGGGCUACUUCAACUGCACUCAUCUUCAUGCUCCUGAAGGUGAUGGGGCGGUGCGGUACGAGCAGUUGAACAUGGUGUUGAAGUGGAUUGAUGAGUUCCAGGAAGCUCACAGUGAAGAGGGUGAGAUGGUGCUGUUUGAUGUCCUAUGUGGAGACUUCAACUUCGACAACUGCUCUCCUGAUGACGUCCUGGAACAGAAGCACAGUGUGUUUAAUCAGUACCGGGACCCGUGCAGAGUUGGACCGGGCCAGGACAAGCCCUGGGUCAUCGGCACUCUCCUUGAACAGCCCACUCUCUAUGAUGAGGAGGUGAGGACCCCAGACAGCCUCCAGAGGACACUGGAGCGAGAGGACCUGAGGAAGCAGUACCUCAGUCCGCCUGUGGCGCAGGGGGGCGCAGCCGUCACCUGCCUUGAGGACGGGAGACCCUGGAUUGGCCGCCGACUAGACUAUGUGCUCUACAGGGAGAGCACCACUGCCAAGAACACACACGCGGAGGUGGAGGAGUUCACCUAUGUGACACAGCUUGCUGGUCUGACGGACCACAUCCCAGUGGGGCUGAGGCUGGGCGUGUGUCUGCCCACAGACGAGCACUGAUCCUGGGGCCCAUGCUGCACAGAGGCCCCUGGGCCUGCUGGAGCAACGGAGACAAGGGAGCCACUAAAACCAACAAACAAAAUAAACGAACACACAAGGCUUCUGAGCGGAACACACUCUGCGCUGGGCCAAACUACACUACCUAUGCAAACAGACUGACCACAGGGAGACUGUGAGCUGACCACACAGUGCCCUGUGCUGACUGCAAAAGGAUAACAGGAACGCAAACACAUUAAAAUAAGCAUCACCGUUUACAGUGAGAGAGGAAUAACGAGCAGUUGAAUCCAAAUGUGAUGAUCGUGAGCUUAAUGCAUGCUGUUAUGGGUCCAGUAAUGUCAAUUCACAACAAUUAUGUUUUAGAAGAAGAGUUUUUUUUUUUUUUUUUUUUUUUUUUUU